AUGAGCUACUCAAUACAGGGAUCCUCAUCCCAGCCAUACGGCGCCUAUACCUUCAACACGCCCGUCAAGCGACGUCAGCGUGCCCAGGUUCUGCAAACUUCACAACAGCAGCAGAGGCGCUCUUCACAGUCCAACCACCCAUCAAGGCGGGAAAACAUCGCCGACGCCUACACCUGGAAUGCCGCAGCCAAGACCAACAAGCCCAAGCCGGGCUCCAAGCUCAACGAAUCGCCACUCAAGGAUGCCGUUCCUGGCGCGGCACAGCUCGACGCACCAGCUUCUUGGCUCGAAGGUCGAAAAUAUGCCGUUCUCAUCGAUGCUGGCUCCUCGGGCUCGCGAAUGCAGGUCUACUCAUGGAAGGAUCCCAAGUUGGAACGAGCUUUGCGAGCCAGCAAAGGCCUGGAUGCCAAGGUCCUUCCCAAGGUCGAAAAGGGUACUUGGGAGAACUCGGGUGUAGAUUGGAGCCACAAAGUUGAACCUGGCCUGUCCUCCUUUGGCGAUCGCCCAGCCGAAGUAGGCAACUAUCUCAAAGGUUUGCUCGACCAUGCCGAAAAGAUCGUUCCCCCAUCCGCUUGGGCCGACACCCCUAUCUACGUGAUGGCCACAGCAGGCAUGCGAUUGCUUCCAGACCAGCAACGCACGUCCGUUCUCUUCGAAACUUGCCGCUACAUUCGCGAACACACUCGCUUCAGCCUCGAUGGCGGAGGAUGCGAAGAGCAUGUACAGGUCAUCAGCGGUGAAGAGGAAGGCUUGCUCGGCUGGAUCUCGGUCAAUUAUCUCAUGGACGGCUUUCACAUCCGUGGCAAGAAGGCCUCUCUGGAUGGCGAGACCGACAUCAUGGAGGGCAAAUCCACCUUCGGUUUCCUUGACAUGGGCGGCGCUAGCACUCAGAUCGCCUUCGAGCCCAGCAAAAAGGCGCUCCAGGGAGACGGCGCUGCCGCCGAAGCCGAUCUCACCACCGUGCCACUCCGCAUGCUCGACGGCACCGAGGUCUCGCAUAAGGUCUUUGUCACCACCUUCCUUGGAUACGGCACCAACAAGGCCAGGGACCGCUACAUCGACCUGCUCCAAUCCGGGGCAGUCAAGGCGCACGAGACUAGCCACACCUUGUCCGACCCCUGUCUGCCCAACGGAUUGCAGCUCGCCAACGUCAACGUCGGUGGCAAGACCGAUCUCUCGCUCAUGGGUGCCGGCAACUUCACCGCCUGCCUCGAGUCGAUGCACCCUCUCUUGGACAAGGAGGCGGUCUGCGACAAGCCGCCCUGCCUCUUCCACGGUGUCCAUGUGCCCAAGAUCGAUUUUAGCGUCAACCACUUUAUCGGCGUUUCCGAGUACUGGUUCAGCUCUCACGACGUGUUCGGCCUCGGUGGUGUGUACGACUUUGUCGACUUUCAAAAGGCCGCCGAGGGCUUCUGCGAGAAGCCCUGGGCGGACCUCAAGAAGCAUCUCGACGCCGGCGAUCUUUUCGGUCCCGAGGUGCAACUCAGCCGUCUGCAGACCCAGUGCUUCAAGGCAGCUUGGAUGGUCACCGUGCUUCACGAGGGCAUCGGCAUCCCACGCAUUGUCGACCACAAAGGUGCCGGUGAUGGCACCGAUCAUGCAGAUCAGGCCAACGACAAAGGUGAACAGAAGAAUCUCUUCCAGAGUGUCAACGACAUCAAUGGCUUCUCGGUCAGCUGGACACUGGGCAAGGCUGUCCUCGAGGCCAGUCGCGACAUUCCUCCAGCGCCAGGGUCGCUGCCGUCUCCCUUUGACGAGCUUAGCAAGACCAACCCCAAGCUCGGCAAAUGGGAUCCUUUCCGACCCAAGUGGCCCACUACCGGCGAGGGCUCCGCAUUCCCUCCAGCUCUAGGCGAGACAGCCAGGCAUGUCAGCCCAAUCUCCCUCAUCAUCAUGGUCGCUGCUUUCCUAAUCUUGCUCCUCACUUGUGUUUGCACCCGAGGUCGCGGUCCACGGGCCAGCCGCAGGCGUGCAGCCAUGAAGGACAUGCUUCCGCCCCCUCUCGGCACGCUGGGAGGCUUCUGCAGCUCGAAGCGCACCAGUCGUGGCGACUAUGUUCUCGCCAACAUGGAGGAAGCAGCUGGUGACGCCUCAAAAAGCGGCUUCUGGUCCAAGCUCGGCAAGCGAGCCGAAUUCAAGAGUUACAGUCCGACCAUGGAGGCUGAAUUUGGCUUCAAUGCGGAAGGCAGCUCGGAAGAGAGCAGCAGUGGUUCGAGUGGAUCUGCGGGUCGUGGUGGCUCGAGGACAGCGUCGCGCAAACGAGCUAACGCGGGUGUCGUGGGUGCAUUGGGCUGGCCAGCGCGUCGAUUGGCAUUCGCAUUGACGUCGACGUUCCCAUCUCUGUCAUCACGACGCAAGCCGCGGAGCAAGAAGCGCGAUUCAAGUCUGCCCAUCAGCCGAGAUGGCGCUGGAUCCGACGGCGGACUUGGCCACAGUGCACGUAUCGCAUCUAGGAGAGGCGCUACGACUCCUACCAUGGUCCGGAUAUCUCGACCAGCCUCGCCCACCUUCACGGGCAUGACCACCGGCGCGGCCAUCUCGCGCCCCGCAUCACGCACCUCCAGUCGAGCGCCCACGCCCGUCCUUGGCCACCGCCUCACAUCAGCGACCCUCUCAACUCGCUCCGGCGCCAUCACUCCCGGCGGCAGCGUGAUGGCGAGCAGCGUCGGCCCCGCUGGCAUCCUCUCACCAAGCGGACCCAGCUCACCUCUCGGCGAACGUCAUGCCCGACCCGGUCUCUUCAGCGCCUCGCUCAGCCGCGUCCACUCGAUCACGGACAUGACCACCAUCGAGUCCGGGUUGCUCGUCGCCCCCGCGACACGCACCCCUUCCCGUCAAGGCUCGCCAUCUGCGUCCGGUCUCAGCCCCAUGUCUGAGCUCCGACGCGAGGAUGGUGAGAUCGACGUAUGA